AUAUAAAUUAAGCGCCGAUCAAGCUUUACUCAAAUGUAUUUAGUGCUUCUAACGACACGUACGAAAAAGUAAAAAGCACACACACACACAUACUUAUAUAAAAAUAUGGCAAAAUCGUUUGGAUUAGCGGUUCUGUGCGUUUAUUGUACGCUACAGCUCAUUGCAGCUUUUCCCUAUCAAAAUUCCUUAAAUGGCAUCGAGGGUGAGGACUUAAAACUAGUUGGCUUAGAGCACAGUAAAGCAGUAAAAUUUGCCGAGGAUGACUUUCGCAAAUCGCUACAGCCCGUUUUGGCUAGCACGCUCGACAUACUAGAAGAGCACUCAAAAACACUCAUAUUGGAGUCGGCAAGCUUUCUCGACGAUCUGCUGGUCGAAUUGAAUACACUGCCCGAGGACAAUGAAUACGUCAAAGAGCUUAUACCAGAACUGACAAGCCUGUUGGAUCGCCUGGAGAAACUCGAUUUAGAUGACGAAUCGACGCCGGCGUUAGAAGAGAAAGCAGCUGUUUUACUGGCUAUCGCCAAGGUUUAUGGAAAUUUCGACGUUAUAGCGCGGAGCAGCGAUGACAGUGGCGAGCAGGCUGUGGUGAAAACAGCCUUCCAGAAGUUGGAAUCUAAAGGUCUAAAUGAGCGUAUUAAUAAGUCUUCAAAGCGGGCGGUAGACAAAUUCACCACAGUAUUUGCGCCUUUCUGGAAUUCGCUUAGCGAUGUACAAAAAGGGGAGCAUGCAGACUUGGCCGAUUGGUAUGAACGCUUCCAAGCCAUUGAGUCGUCGCAGGAGAAGCUAAAAAGUUUUAUAGAAUUUCUCAAUAUUAUUCAUGAUAUCGUCAUACCAAAAAUAAAUUAAGACCAGGGGGUCUAUAAUGUGAUAUUAAAUAAAUAUAUAUGUGACCUUUUUUUAUAAAAUAA